AUGGACUGGGAAUUGGGGGUGGAUUGGAAGACGAUGGGGGAGACAAGGGGCCUUUGUGAAAAUUACUUUUUGGGGCUAUUCGUCCAGGUCGAGAUGAGUCUGGAGGAAAUUAAGGAGAUUUUUGGGGUGUUUGAUGCAAAUGGAGAUGGGUACAUAGAUGGGCGUGAGUUGCAAAGAGUUGCUCAAUACUUGGGGUUGAAGUACAAUUUGGAAGAGUGCGGUAGGAAGAUUGCAAUAUUCGAUUGCAACGGAGAUGAGCUUAUUGAUGUUAGGGAGUUUGUUAAAUUGAUGGAAAAAUGCCUUUGUUGA